AUGGCCAAACAAACCGCAAUCCUCACCGGCGAAGCUUCUUCUCCUCUCCUCUUCCGACAUGUUUCACCAGGACCAGGAGAUUCCACCAUGCAAUUUAGGCUUAUUCAUCACUGGGAAGCUCGCAAGAAUGUCAAAGGAGGACCUGGCAUCCUUCUUGGGAUUGAGAUGCUUAUGAUCGACAAAGAGGGUACUUUGGCUCAGGGGUUCAUCGGUCAGAACCGGCGCAACCAAUAUGAGGAAAAGCUCGAGCGUGGGAGGAUCUACACACUGACAAACUUCUAUGCAUCCAACAGCAAGGUGAUGUACCAUGUUGCUGAUCAGAAGCUGGUAAUUUGCAUUUCACACGCCUCUGUCCUGAAGAAAGUUGAAGAAAACAUUGAAGGCAUUUUGACAGAGCGCUUCAGAAUCCAUUCCUUUUCAGAUUUUGAAGCCAACUGCGAUCUCAGAGGGGAUCUUCACGAUGUUGUUGGCCACCUUAAGCUGGUUGAUGGCAAACCUCUCCAUGAGCGUCCAGUUUUGUGCACCAAUGAUGACUCUACUUCUCGGAUAGUUACCGUUCAUCUACAACUUAAAGAUGGUCCAGUAACGAACGUCUACCUAUGGGACGAGGCUGCGGAAAAUUUCCGCCUUAAGUUUGACGCGUCUGCAGCCACUCCAACGGUUCUAUUGGUCACAACGGUGAAUCCUAAAAGACUCGCUAGAAAAUUGUGCUUAAGUUCAAUGUCCUCAUCCAGAGUUUUUUUGGACGAAGAGGUUGACCCCACCAAGGAGUACUUGACAUGGUUGACCACAAACCCAUCUGCAACUUCUGCUGUCAACCCUGUUGAGGUGGUUAAAGCUGAGACGCUCACAAUAAGUGAGAUUGCUGCCUUCAUCAAGAGUCAGCCUGCUAAGAUUGCCUACUUUGACUGCAUUGCCACAAUUGACGAUGUCAAGCUUGGCAGUGAGUGGUAUUACAUUGCUUGCAAGGAUUGUCAGACAAAGCUAAACCGUGGGCCUACAACACUGAUUUGUCCAAAAUGCGACAAUGAAAAUGCUUCUGCAAUAGCCAAAUUCCGCGUGGAAUUGUCCGUCUAUGAUAAUGAGGAGCAGUGUACUUUCAUCAUUCUUGGCGAUGCUGGAAAAGAGCUAACAGGUCGCAAAGCAACAGAGUUAAUCGAUAUGUAUACUGAGGAAAAUGGUGGCGAUGGUACUGAACAUGAGGUCCCUCUACCACAAUGUCUCAUUGAUACCAUAGGACAGACACACAAGUUUAGGAUUAAGGUCUCCCUCUUCAAUUUCACAUCAAAGAGGAUUUCCUUGACUGUUACGAAGAUAGCCUCCCCUGCAGUGCUACCUCCUAAAAACCGAUCAGCUCACGUGCCUGCUCUGCCUCUUGCUGGAAGCCAAGACAACCCAGCAUCCAGUGCCGUCGAUAGCUCAGUGGUGACUGAAAGCAGUGGUGGAGGGUCUUCCUAUGCAAACAGUGAUCCCAACUAUUCAAUUGGUGAGCAGAAGAAAGCAAAGCGCAGUAAGCGUAAUGGUUAG